GCUGAAGCUACUUCUUCGAAAUGAACCUGAUUUUGUUAUGCUCUCAAAUUUUACUGCUGCUUUUUACAGUGGCAAACUGCGAUGGUGAGCACCAACUCGAUUCAUCUAUGGACCUGAAAAGCGAUUCUACGAAAAGUGCAGUUCUAAAAAAUGUUGCUCCCAAAAACGAUGCGACACAGGCCGAAAUAGCCAAAGAUGAUGUAGCUCUGAAAAGUGGGAAAAAGGGCGAUUAUGUAAUGGAAAUCGAUGUUUCUGAUAUACCGCUGGAUGAUUAUCCAAUCAAUAAUUCCAAAUCACGGAAAAACUCUUCCACUCUUCCUUCCCAAAUACUAACAGAUAAGCCCAAUCAAGGAUCAAAUCAAAUUGCGCUCAAGGCCCUGAAACAUAGGCUAUUAAUGGAGCAGAACAAUAAUUUAUUUCUCCGGAACCAUUCCGUGUCCUUGAUGAAUGAAAUAGAGGCCAGAAAAACGGAUAUUAUCCAGGCCCGACAGUUAAACAUCGAUUUGGAGCUGGAGCUUGAGGCUUUGAAACGCGAACUUUCGGAAAUGAAUGCGCAAAACGCUCGAAAGUCCACAAAGUCGUGUAAGAAACGUCCCAGCAAGGAUAUAGCCUCACCUGUCAAUCAGUUGCAGGAAGUCAUCGUCAAGAACACGUAUCGUAACAAAUAUCUAACACUUCUGACACAACUUGCUCAGAAGAUCAAUUAUGAAAUCGCGAACGUCAACAACCCAGCUACCGAUGUGCCCACGGGGAAAAGUCCUUCCGAAGGGAAUCCAUCAACGACUUAAUAGUUAUAAUCAUAUGGUUUUCCAUCUUUUAGGAACAGAAACAAGAACAUGACGAUAGUAUUGAGUCAUUGCAAGACCUUCUAAUUGCGCACUUACUUAUUUUUCUGAUCUUGUUAGCCGUAAUAAAUGCGAUUCAUAACGCUUCG